AUGCAGACCAUGAGCGAGGUGCUGGUGGCGAUGCCGGCCAACGGCGGCGGCCGCGUCUCCGGGAGAAAUCCGGAGCUCAACCGCCAGUUCCAUACUUCACUAUCCAGAUGCUCUUCUUCCUUUGGAUUCCCCAACCUACUGCCGCAGCGGAACAUUGGAAGGAAGCUCCUCCAUUCAAGCGGCGGCGGCGUUGGUUUGGCCCCGCGAGCGUCAGGGAAUCCAGGCGAGUACUAUCCUUCUGCUCCAAUUCCUCCACUGCAAUUCGAAUCUCCGGUGGGCCAGUUACUGGCGCAGAUUCUGCAGUCGCAUCCGCAUUUGUUGCCCGCUGCAAUCGAUCAGCAGCUCGAGAAUCUUCAGACCGACAGAGAGGCUCAGGGGGAAGAUGCUCCUUCUGCUCAGGAUCUACUUUACAAGAGGAUUGCUGAGGUUCGAGAGAAUGAAAGGCGUAAGGCACUGGAAGAGAUCAUCUACUCUUUGAUUGUUCAAAAGUUUCUCGACAAAGGCAUCACAAUGAUACCAAAGAUAACACCCACCUCGGAUCCCGCUGGACGAGUGGACUUCUGGCCGAACCAGGAGCAGAAGCUGGAGUCUGUUCACUCUGCUGAAGCCUUCGAAAUGAUACAAAGCCACCUAUCUCUCGUCUUAGGAGACCGCUCGGUGGGCCCUCUCGAUACCAUCAUCCAGAUCAGCAAAAUCAAACUAGGCAAGCUAUACGCAGCUUCAAUAAUGUACGGAUACUUCCUGAGAAGAGUUGAUGAGAGGUUCCAGCUCGAGAGAACCAUGAACACCCUUCCCCAAGGUUACGAUGAGAACCGGGCUAGAUACGAGGAACUCAGAUCCUCGACCAAGGGGCUGUGGGACCCAGACUCCUUAAUAGAAAUGAUGCCGGAUGAUGGUGGUGAUAACGUUGAUGAUGGAACGUCAUACAGACUGAGGUCGUAUGUUAUGUACUUGGAUGCAGAGACGCUUCAGAGAUACGCGACCAUGAGAUCUAAAGAAGCGGUUUCUUUGAUCGAGAAGCAGACCCAGGCACUGUUUGGUAGGCCGGACAUAAGGAUAGCGGAGGAUGGUUCGCUAGACACGAGCAACGAUGAAGUGGCCUCUCUGACCUUCUCCGGACUGACAAUGCUGGUCUUGGAAGCAGUAGCAUUCGGGUCUUUCUUAUGGGAUGCUGAGAGCUAUGUUGAGUCCAAGUACCAGUUCUUGAAUGGCUGA